UUACCCAUUGUGAUGGCACGAGAUGGAAAUUCUGGGGAGACAGCAAUCUGCGGAGCAAAUUCUGGGGUUUACAUUAGUAUUCAGCUUGAUCAUGUUGGUGUAUUGACUUUGCAAUUUGACGAUGGAGAAACCCUUCAGUGGAGUAAGGUGACUGCAUCAAUAUACAAUCUCAUGCUUGGUAAAUUUUACUGUGAUCACUACGAUACAAUGCGUAUUAAGGGUAGUGCUGAAUACUCAUGUAAACUUAAAUUCAAGGAGCAGUCCAUAAUAGAUCGAAAUCCUCAUCAGGUUCAUGGUAUAGUUCAAGACAAGAGUGGGAAGACAGUUGCAACUAUGUUUGGGAAAUGGGAUGAGAACAUGCACUUUGUGAGGGGACAGCGACAACAGCAGUUAUAUAUAUAUACUGAUCUUGAAUGA